CUAGAUUAUACAUAGGUUAGGCUUGUGGCUAGUUGCAGGAAAUUUUAACAAAAGGGACAUGACAUCAUGAUGUUGUUACAUCCAGACAAACAAUUUGCCCCAUAGUUUAAUAUCUAACUCCCCUCCCCUUCUCAAGGCUGAAAAAUGUUUAGUACUUUUCCCCCGCACGAUUAUACCUCUCCACAGGCAACCGCCUACUCUUGUGAAUCUCAUAGUUGGAAAUUGUGAUUUCCGCGAAUCCUAUAAACAAUGACCACCCCACGAAUUGAGCACUACACAACGGAUGUUCACGCCCACUGGGAAGGGAUCCAUCCACAGGAUUGGGCUGAGGUCGAUCUAAUCGGAUAUGAGAAUGCCAUGGAUAAGAUGUAUCGGUUUUUGUGUGAAAAUCCGGAUGCUGCUCUAGUCCAAGUUGGCCACAGGUCAAAACUGCUCAAUGACCAUGGCUCUGACUAUCGGUUCAAUGGAAAAUUCGCAAGCGAGCAGACUAAACCAGAGCGCAGUCACCAUGAAUAUAACCAUUUUGGCAAGUUGAUGAAAUGGGAAGGCGAUCGUUGGUACAAGUAUGAUUUCGAAGUGGAAGUGACAGAUCACACCAGAUCUGAAUGACGCGAUGGUAUCAAGCUUGGAUUGUUAAGGGCUUUACAUGGAACAAUUCAACUAUUUUAUGGGCGUCUUUUCCAGGACAUUUGCGGGUGAGUUGACUACUAUGCUCGCCUAUUUUUUUGGGGCUCAGUCGAUCUAAAAGUCCUAUCAAAGAGGGUAUGCGCAGAUUAUUUGGAGACUUGCGCAAUUGCUAUGCCUACCCAACCAAUUUAUGAGUCCCCUGCCAUGA